ACUCACUCCUGCUUUUCUUUCUCUCGACAUCUUCCUACUCACUUCCUCUCCAUUCCCUAGGGUGCCUUCUUCCUUCCAGACUUCUCUUCUCUUACAUACUCUUGGUCUUCAUCCCAUUGAACCUUCUUCCCCUCCACAAUGGCUUCCCAGCAGAAUGGCGAUUCCAACGGCACUGCCAACACCUUCACUCUGAAGGCCGGUUUGGCUCAGAUGUUGAAGGGUGGCGUGAUCAUGGAUGUUGUCAACGCGGAACAGGCUCGCAUUGCUGAAGAGGCUGGUGCCGCCGCUGUCAUGGCCCUCGAGCGUGUCCCCGCCGACAUCAGAGCUACGGGUGGCGUGGCUCGCAUGUCCGAUCCCGGCAUGAUCAAGGAGAUCCAGAAGGCCGUUACCAUCCCUGUUAUGGCCAAGGCUCGUAUUGGACACUUCGUUGAGUGCCAGAUCCUCGAAGCCAUUGGUGUCGACUACAUUGACGAGUCGGAAGUCCUGACCCCCGCCGACGACGUCUACCACGUCACCAAGCACAACUUCAAGGUUCCCUUCGUCUGUGGCUGCCGUAACUUGGGUGAGGCCCUUCGCCGUAUCUCGGAGGGUGCUGCCAUGAUCCGCACCAAGGGUGAGGCCGGUACCGGAGACGUCGUGGAAGCUGUCAAGCACAUGCGCCAGGUCAGCUCGGACAUCGCCCGUGCCCGUGCUAUCUACCAGUCCUCUGCCGACUACGAGCCCGAGCUGCGCCAGUUUGCCCGCCAGCUGGAGGUUCCCUACGAGUUGCUUCGUGAGACGGCCGAGAAGGGCCGUCUGCCCGUGGUGAACUUCGCUGCCGGUGGCGUUGCCACCCCUGCCGAUGCGGCGCUCAUGAUGCAGCUGGGCUGCGAUGGUGUGUUUGUUGGUUCCGGUAUCUUCAAGUCCGGCGAUGCGAAGGCGCGCGCCAAGGCCAUCGUGCAGGCCGUCACUCACUUCCGCGACCCUAAGGUUCUUGCCGAGGUGAGCGAGGGUCUGGGUGAGGCCAUGGUGGGCAUCAACGUUGCGCAGAUGUCCGAGGCCGACAAGCUGGCCAAGCGGGGAUGGUAAGCGAGAAUCAUUCUAGAGACUUAUUUUCAUCGCGGGCGUUGGAAAAGCUGGUCUACUGUGUUUUUGUACACUUGUGUUGCAUUUGCUGCCGUCGAGGCGAUUUGUCUUAGUACAUUGUUGAUAUGAGCCAUGAGCACAUGAUCUACUAUCUUUCGAGUAAUAGAAUUGCGGUGGUUAGACGGACUUUUCUUUCCAUUUAGACUUUCUCAACCUCGGGUUCCUUGGCGCACUUCAACGUUCCAUAGUAGCUUGAUCGUCUGACCUAGCUAUAGCUAGCCAG